UUGUGCGGUCGCCUAGAAGCCGCAGCGGCCGGUGCGGACGCGGAGGCGGGACCCGGGGCCUCCGGUCCUGAUGAAGAUGCCGGCACCGGAUAUGCUAUGUUGCCAUGUCCGAACAAAAGAGGCCAGAUGAUUGUCCUGGAGCGCGACGCGCGCAUAAACUUCUCAAUGGGAACUCCUCAACCCACCCAGCUCCAAGCCCUCGUUGGACUCAACUUGCUCAACGCUCUAGCACGUAACGCCCGCAUUCUAGGCUUCAUUCCCCAAUCUCUAUGCGAGGACCACUUCAUCUCCCCUUUCAAUCUUGAAGGGCCCAGGUUACCAUGCGGCCCCAGGCAAGCUUCCACUUGGCCUCCUUAUCUUCGCCCAACAGAGACGCAGUACAAGAUCACCCACCAUCCCUUUCUCGACCUCUUCCCGAUCCCGUCGCUCAGGGAAAGAGCAAUCCGCGCUGAAGAACUGGGCUUCUUUGACGAAGACGAAUUCUGUCUCGACGUCUUCGGCGUUGAUCACAAAGACGACAGUGGUGACGGCGAGCGACCACGUCUUAUUGUAUGGGGCGACUCCUGGGAUCCCCGGGGAUGGGAAGCCAACGUUGCCUUUAUCAAGAAAUGGGCUUGGCUUAUUAGAGGAUGUCAUGAGAUAUUGGAAGGGACCAAUUACUGGAGACAAAAAAGAGGAGAGAAGAAGCUCAAAUUCAGUUGA